CGAAUUUCCCUCAGUUCUCGAGUGGCCGGUUUGAGAAGGGCUGCCACGAGAGGAAAAUUCGUUAUAUUUUUCGCCUUUUCAUCUCGCGCCUGCGCUUCCCACCGCCUACAAACCCAAUUCGGCACGGUUCAGGACGUCACGAGAGGCUUCGUUCGUCCACGAUGCUGUAUUGUACACGAAUUCUUAACGGCCAGCGGCUCGCCGUAUUCGCCGCAGACAUUCAACAAAGAUGCUUCAGUGUAAGCCCACUGAGCUUCGCCGCCGCGAAGGUGGCGAUGUCCAAAUUCGAUCAAACGAGCUACCUCCCGUACGACAAAUUGGAAGCGAACCUGAAGAUUGUGAAGAAGAAGGUGACUCGACCCCUUACCCUCUCCGAAAAGGUUUUAUAUUCUCACCUCGAUGACCCCGCGAAGCAAGAGAUAAUCCGUGGCACGAGCUACCUUAGGUUGCGUCCAGAUCGCGUGGCCAUGCAAGACGCGACAGCUCAGAUGGCCAUGUUGCAAUUCAUCAGUUCUGGAUUGCCAAGGGUCGCCGUUCCAUCGACGAUCCACUGCGAUCACUUGAUCGAAGCCCAACUAGGCGGAGACAAGGACUUGAAACGCGCCAAAGACAUCAACAAGGAAGUCUACAAUUUCCUGCAAACAGCCGGCGCGAAAUACGGUGUCGGUUUCUGGAACCCUGGCUCCGGUAUCAUUCACCAGAUCAUCCUCGAGAACUAUGCUUUCCCUGGCCUGCUGAUGAUCGGUACCGAUUCCCACACGCCAAACGGCGGCGGUUUGGGCUGUCUGUGUAUCGGUGUAGGUGGCGCUGAUGCUGUCGACGUGAUGGCCAAUAUCCCAUGGGAGCUGAAGUGCCCGAAAGUGAUCGGUGUCAAGCUGACUGGAAAGUUGAAGGGAUGGACCAGCCCAAAGGACAUCAUUUUGAAGGUGGCCGGUAUCCUCACGGUGAAGGGUGGCACUGGGGCGAUCGUCGAGUACUUUGGCCCUGGUGUCGACAGCAUUAGCUGUACCGGUAUGGCUACUAUUUGCAACAUGGGCGCUGAGAUCGGUGCCACCACCUCGCUCUUCCCGUAUAACUAUCGUAUGCAGGAUUACUUGAAGGCAACAGGUCGCGCGGAAGUCGCCGCGGCUGCCGAUCAACAUAAACAGAGUCUCUUGACCGCAGACUCGAAUGCUAAAUACGAUCAGAUCAUAGAAUUGGAUCUUUCCACGUUGGAACCCCAUGUCAAUGGACCGUUCACCCCUGAUCUCGCCCAUCCGAUUUCUAAAUUGGGUGAGACUGCCAAGAAGAACAAUUGGCCGAACGAGAUCAAGGUCGGUCUUAUCGGUUCCUGCACAAACAGUUCCUACGAGGACAUGGGCCGAUGCGCGAACAUCGCUAAACAAGCUCUGGAUCAUGGACUGACCGCAAAGUCCGCGUUUAAUGUCACGCCAGGAUCCGAACAGAUCCGCGCCACCAUCGAACGUGACGGAAUCGCGAAAACUCUUAGAGAAUUCGGAGGUACUGUUCUGGCCAAUGCUUGCGGGCCUUGCAUCGGUCAAUGGGAUCGUCAGGACAUCAAGAAAGGCGACAAGAACACAAUCGUCACAUCGUACAAUCGUAACUUCACCGGACGUAACGACGCCAAUCCGUCUACACACGCUUUCGUCACUAGCCCUGAACUCGUCACUGCCUUGUCUAUCGCUGGUCGACUAGAUUUCAAUCCACUCACCGACAAACUUAAAGGCAAAGAUGGAAAAGAGUUCCAGUUGAAAGAUCCGUUCGGCGAUGAGUUGCCUAGCCGCGGUUUCGACCCUGGUAUGGAUACCUACGACUCGCCACCAGCUGAUGGUAGCAAAGUCAAAGUUGACGUGGACCCGAAAAGUCAAAGAUUACAGCUUCUGGAGCCCUUCGACAAAUGGGACGGUAAAGAUCUCACCGACAUGACGAUUUUAAUCAAAGUCAAAGGCAAAUGCACCACCGAUCACAUCUCAGCUGCCGGUCCAUGGUUGAAAUACCGUGGCCAUUUGGACAACAUCUCCAACAACAUGUUCAUUGGCGCCGUGAAUUCCGAGAACGGUGAAAUGAACAAGAUCAAGAACCAACUCAAUGGCCAAUGGGGAGCUGUGCCCGACGUUGCCCGAGACUACAAGAAAAAUGGCGUGAAAUGGGUUGCAGUGGGUGACGAAAACUACGGAGAGGGAUCGUCCCGCGAGCACGCUGCUCUCGAACCACGACAUCUCGGUGGCCGAGCCAUCAUUGUCAAGAGUUUCGCCCGUAUCCACGAAACUAACCUCAAGAAACAGGGUCUGUUGCCACUGACCUUCGCGGAUGCCAGUGACUACGAUAAGAUCCAGCCUACCGACAAGAUCAGUCUCUUGGGACUGAAGGAUCUGGCGCCUGGCAAGCCCGUCAAGGCAGAGAUCAAGCACAAGGACGGCAAAGUCGACGCGAUCAGUCUGAAUCACACGAUGAACGAACAACAGAUAGCUUGGUUCAAGGCCGGUUCUGCUCUGAAUCGCAUGAAAGAGAUCGCGAGUGGAAAGUAAACGCGCGCCAAAAAUGCAAUACAUCGUUCGCUGAGACGUGCACGAUCGUAGCUAGUUGCGUGUAUACCGAUAUCGGUACGCGAAUGGAGAACGUGUCCGGUAUGGCGCUCUAAUAUUCCAGAUAGAUACUCGUUAAGUAAUCGAACGUCUUGGUGGGAGGGGAGGGGGGAGGGGAUUGCUAGCGUGUAUUCACGCGACGUACCGAUUUAGGGGAAACCAAUCGUGAGGAUUACUUAACAGAAGCGUUCGACCUAUACAUUGAACGACGACGCUAGGGCGUACAGUUUUUUUUUCGCGACAAUACCUUAACAACGUCCACCAUCAAUAUCGUUGAAGAGUGACGAACCAUGCCGGGUAAAGAUUUCGAUUUAGCGAAGACUUUAGUACUUAGGAUGCAAUAAUCGAAUUUAGAUUGCCCGUUUCUUGCGGUUACAAUUGGCCACCGAGCGAUCGUCCGAUUUCAGACGAUCGAUAAGGAAAUUUCCACGCGUCAGUGGGAGUAGAAACCGGGGGGUGUAGCCUGUACGUGCCAAACGUGUUCAUUUUUAAAGACGUGUACAGCCCACCGAUGGCACGUCGGGACUGCACGCCAUCCAUGCGACGCGUGAUCUUCAAUUUUGCCCGAUUUGAUCUAUUGUAUAUAUAUAUAUAUAUAUAUAUAUGUGUACAUUGUUCACAGAAUAGGACGCAAUUGUGAUUGUAUGGAUUUUCUAGAUACGACUGAUGAAAUACGUUAUAAGAUUGCUGUUACUAUUCGAAGAACAAAUAAAAGGUUGAGCAGGAAACAAGA